AUGGAGCGGGAAAGUGGAAGCAACAAUGGCACGCCAAGAUUUCGGCCCGUACGUCUGUUCGGAGUGGAAAUAACCCUGCCGGAGAAUGGCGAUAACCCGCAGCAACCUACAGAGUUACAGGUUCAUUCACUCACAAUCUCUCAAAUCUCGAAUCUAAGGGAUAUCAAUUCUUUUGGUCCCGACAUCACAAGAGACCAGCCAUUUCAUUCAUCUAUCACUAGCGGAACAAUGGUUGUAGAACAACCUGAGGUUGCUGCUCUUCCACCGCCGUCACCGCCGCAUAGCCACCCUCACCAACCCACUGUGCCGCCGCCGCAAAAUGCUACAAUGGAGGGUUAUGCUAAUAAUCCUUUAGUGGAUGCAGGCAAUCUUCAAAGGCAAGUAGAGAAUGGUCUGCGGGAAGCAACUGGAGGAAACAUAGACCCGGAUAUGGUGGAUGCCGUAAUACAGCUUAUUGUGGAUACGUUGGAAUCACUUGAAGACAAUGCAGACCAUGAUGACAUCCUGAAUGUGCACUUGUCAAUACAGUUAGAGGAGGUUAUGGAGGACUCAUUGGAUGAGCAGGAGGAUCAUCCAGGAUUAUUGAGUGAGGAAGUUAUUAUGAGUCUUUUGGGCACAUCUACUUUUGAAACAUCAUAUCAUGAUGAUGAGGAUAAGGACUCCUGCUGCAUUUGCUUGGAUGAGUUCUCAACCGGGGAUGAGUUAGGAAAAAUUAACUGCGAGCACAAGUUCCAUUUCAUGUGCAUACGGGAAUGGCUCAAACGCAACAACAUCUGCCCAAUUUGUAGGGCCGUAGCUUUGUCUGUGAGCUAA